GUCAAUGCAAAUCCAUGAUCUUUUAUUAAUAAUGAUGGUGCUUUCCGUUCAGCACCCUCGUACUAAUGUAUCUUGAUUAUAAAUAAGAUGUCCUCCAUGAAGGCUGCUACAGUUUCGAACAAAAUCAUCAAUAGGAAAAGAAAGAGGCAUAAUGUCGGAGACGCUGAAGACGUUGAAGAGGACGGUCCCUCGGAAGAUUUAGGGGACAGCUCAGACCGAUUGAAAGUUGCAAAAUCGGGGAGUCAUUUGGCAACCCAGCGCCAGAAAAGAAAGAAUCCAGAAAUUGAGUGUAAGAUCGAAUGGCCACAAGUCUUCAAGGAUCUAGACAAGACUCAUCGGGCUCUGAAUUUAGUCUUUACUUUCUGCUCUACGCGCAAGCAUUUGGCCACGACAUUUGAGACUAUCCGAUCUGCCGUCGAAUCAAAUACGAAGCGCAAGCUAACGAUUGAAGAUGUCGCAGCUAUCGUGGCGUUGCGACCAGAUGGCAUCAACUUCAGUUACGUGGAUGAGCUGAUGUUGCAGACGGACAUCAAGGGAGCAGAAAGAGACUCGACUUUCAAGUCUGGUAGAUCGAAAGAUAUUACUGUCCAGGGUCCCGCUCCUGACGCCUCUGUUGGCGGUUUCACUGGUUUGGAUGAACUCGGUAGCCACCAUCCCGAUGACUUGCCUCUUGGUGGUAGUGAGGUUUUAUACUUCGAGUUUGUCGACGGCGACCUUAAAAGACAAGUUCAGAACAAGAAAACUGGCGAGCCUAGCAAUCCCAACAGGAGACUUCGAGACGAAGAUUUGAAAAUGCCUGUUUACAGUCAGAAGCAAUUGACAACGUUGAUUGAAAAGCGUAACCAGAAGUUCACGAAUGCAGUGAGCUCCUUUAUAAACCGCUGCGUAGAUGAAAACCUAGACCCGGAAAUAAUACUUCGCCAAGAAGCUACACCAUACAUUCCCAUUCCUUCUGAAUCAGCAACUACUACUCCCAAGCCUGAGCCGAGUACUAUACCCAAGUCAAUACCCGAGGAGAGGAAGAGCAUCCCUGAAAUCAUCCAAGAACUUAAAGGUAACCCAUGGUAUACGGAUCAGAUAGUACCAGAUGGUCAUCGCGUAUUCGAAGCGCAAGAACCUGUUUUUGGCGAGCUCGAUUUUCUCCUAAGCCAGGACAUGGUAAAUGCUCUGUAUAAUGCGAAAGGAAUUACGCAAUUCUACGCCCACCAGGCUGAAGCAAUCAAUAAUCUCCAGGCCGGUCACCAUGUUGUGGUUUCGACCUCCACAAGCUCUGGCAAAUCUCUGAUUUAUCAGCUACCUGUUUUACAUGCAUUGGAGCAAAAUCCUAAUACUCGAGCGAUAUAUAUUUUCCCAACCAAGGCCCUAGCGCAAGAUCAGAAGAAGAGCUUGAGGGAUAUGCUGGCGUAUUUUACAGGGCUAGAAAACGUUCUCGUCGAGACGUUUGAUGGUGAUACACCUAUGAACGAAAGAAACCAAAUCCGCGACGAGGCUCGUGUCAUAUUUACAAACCCUGAUAUGCUUCACCUCACGAUACUACCCCAGGAGGAUAGAUGGCGGAGUUUUCUCCAGAACUUACGCUAUGUUGUCGUUGACGAACUACACUAUUAUAACGGUUUGAUGGGAUCACAUGUUGCAUUUAUCAUGAGACGGCUUCGACGGAUAUGUGCUGCAGUGGGAAACCGAAAGGUCAGGUUCAUAUCAUGCUCUGCCACCGUGGCAAACCCACAAGAACAUUUCAAGACAAUUUUUGGUAUCGACGAUGUGCAUUUGGUUGAUUUUGAUGGAUCCCCGUCCGGUCGAAAGGAGUUCUUGUGUUGGAAUACACCGUAUAAAGAUCCUAGUGAUCCGACAAGCGGCCGCGGCAAUGCUAUAGCCGAAUGCGCUCGAUUAUUCUGUCAAUUGAUUCUCCGUGGCGUUCGUGUAAUAGCGUUCUGUCGCGUAAGGAAACAGUGUGAGGAGCUUGUUACGGCAGCCAGAUCCGAAUUGGAGUCGUUAGGUCGUCCAGAAUGCAUGGCACGUGUAAUGGGGUACCGAGGGGGGUAUACGGCGCAAGACCGUCGAAGAAUCGAGAGUGAAAUGUUCGAGGGCAAACUAAUGGGCAUCAUUGCGACUACUGCUUUGGAACUGGGUGUUGAUAUUGGUACUCUGGAUUGUGUCAUCACACUGGGAUUCCCGUAUACCAUUGCGAAUUUGAGACAGCAGAGCGGGAGAGCUGGCAGGAGGAAUAAAGACUCGCUAUCUGUGCUUGUUGGAGAUUGCUUUCCGACCGACCAGCAUUAUAUGCAAAACCCGGACGAACUUUUCACCAAACCUAACUGCGAGCUUCAAGUCGACUUGAAUAACAUGCUGGUAUUAGAAGGUCAUAUUCAAUGUGCAGCAUACGAAAUGCCCAUCAAGCCUGUUGAAGAUGCUGUUUAUUUCGGCAAAGACCUCUCAAAGAUUGCAGAAGAGCGUCUGAUCAGGGAUGACCUGGGGUACUACCAUUGCCAUGACAGAUUUAGACCCAUGCCGUCCAAGUUCGUGGCGAUUAGAGAUACAGAAGACGAUCACUUCGCAAUUGUUGACAUAUCCCACGGGAAAAACAUCGUUCUUGAAGAAUUAGAAGCAUCAAGGGCUUUCUUCACCAUCUAUGAUGGUGCCAUCUUUCUACAUCAGGGCAACUCAUAUUUAGUGCGCGACUUCCAACCCGAAAGGAAGAUCGCGAAGGUAGAGAAGGUGAUGGUGGAAUGGACAACGCAACAACGGGACUUCACCGACGUAGAUCCGGUGGAAACGGAAGCCAUCCGUAAAAUUCCAGGCUCCCUCUCACGCGCCUUCCACGGCUCGAUACGCAUCACCCAGAACGUGUUCGGCUAUUUUAAAGUCGACAAGAAACGUCGCAUUCUCGACGCCGUUCAGGUCGAUAACCCUCCAAUUAUCCGCCAUAGCAAAGGCAUGUGGCUCGAUGUUCCGAAGCUGGCCCUCGAGAUCCUCGUCGACCGCCGUCUUCACGUGGCCGGCGCCAUACACGCCGCAGAACACGCCAUCAUCAGUAUGAUGCCUAAUUUUGUCAUAAGUCUGCCCGACGACGUCCGGACAGAAUGUAAGUCUGGGUUGAAGGAAUUCGCACGAAAGGAAACCUCGAGGAAGAGACCUGCUAGACUGACGUUCUAUGAUGCGAAGGGGGGAGCGAAUGGAACCGGUAUCAGCACCAAGGCGUUCGAAUUUAUUGACUUGCUCCUCGUCCAAGCGCUGGAGAGAGUCCAGCACUGCCAUUGUCAGACGGGCUGUCCGGAGUGUGUCUGUUCGGAAUUCUGCAAGGAGGCUAACGAGGUUAUGAGUAAGGCCGGAAGUGAAGUCAUUAUCAAAGCUCUGCUGAAUAUGGAAAUUGAUGUCGACGCCCUCCCUAUGGGACCAGAGGAUAUGAGCCCGGCUCUCAUUGAGACGGUGGUCUUGGCGAAACCGGUACCCUCACGGGGGAACAGAGCUGGAGAUGUAAUCAAAGUGGAAGACGAGGAAGAGGGGGAGGAUCGCGAUGUUAUUGUCGUCGAUUGAGUUGAUGAUUAAUUCCUAGGGGGGCGUGGCCCCUUUAACCUUGAUACCCAUACAGUUUUAUACCUUUACUGAGCUCAAGCAAGAGCUAUCACAGUUAGGGUUCUUACACCGCCGUGAUAUAUUAAUAAAAUAACCAUGGAUUCUAG